AUGCCGCCGAUGUACGAUGUGUCGCCAACGAAUUCAGCAAUUGAUCUGGAAAGAUUCCGAUGUGUCAGUGCUGGAGUUGUCGCGAAUGAGGUGGGCGAUCGGUGCUGUGAUUACGAUAAUGGCCCUAGUGCUGCUUUGUUGACCAGAGCGACGAUGCCCGAGACGGUUGAAAGACAGCAAGUCGAGCACUCCGGAAGAAGUGUUGGCAUAUGGGGCAACACUGCUGUCAACAACACUGGCGGCACUUACAUGACUAUGAGUGCCGCACUAGAAGCUCUUUCGUCGUCGCCAGCUGCUGCAGGGAUCGCAUGUUCGACCUCAGCAGCGCCGAGCAGGAAGCGCAAGCGGAUCCCAGGUGCGAUGCGUAUGCGCAAUUUUCUGUGCACGCAUCCCGGGUGCGGCAAAUCGUUCGCGGACAGCGCUCACUUGAGAGACCACACGGUUGUACACACUGGCGAGAAACCUUAUGUCUGUGGUGUUCCUGGCUGCAACAAGCGGUAUUCGUCACGAGCUGCGAUGCGGUUCCACCGCUCGUCACAUACGUCACAGCGGUCCCUGACUGCUGAACAGAGUCGAGGCGAAAUUGUACGCGCAGGGGUCGACGGUAAUGCUUCACCGACACAAGACGCGCAGAUGCCGCCGUUUACUUGUCUGGAAUGUGGCAAACAUUUCUGUGUGCAUGAGCUAUUAAUGGCUCACUUGGGGGUUCACGCCGCCCACCGUGCUGCUGCAAUCGCCUCCAUAUCGUCGUCUGAAAACGCUGUUGAGCACGCACGAAGAAGUGAAGAGGAAGCAGGCGCGGUCCAGUGGCACGUACACGGUGAAGAGAGCUUGCCCAGUGUUGGCGCUCCGCCACGCGAUGAGAGCAGAGAGUUUCGGAAUACGAUACGGGCGCAACAAGAUCAGAUCGAACGGCUGAAGGCUGAAGUUUUACGACUGCGCAGGAAGAUCGCUGCAGAUCCUGUUGCAACACCUGCUCCAACUGCAGUAGUAGUCGGUGAUCAGCCUGCGCUAACGCCUCCAGUCGAAAUGCUCCACGAUGGUUAUAAACCGUUUGAAUGCUGCAUCUGCCACAACCGAUUCACCAACUUCUAUCAGCUCACGUUCCACGGCAAGCAGCACCCACAGGCGCUCAUGGCCGAAGUGACAGGGAAGCAGGUUCCAGUUCCUGUCGGACCCAAGCACUGCCCCGAUGAGCAGUGCGAGUAUGCGAAAUCGACGGGUAGAAGCUUGAAGAACCUGCAGACCCUCAAACGUCACUGGCAACGACGCCAUCAAAAUGAGCGGCCAUAUACGUGCACGCAUUGCCCACCGACGCGUCAAAAGACUUUCAAGACCCGAGAGAACCUAAAGGCUCACCAAAAAGAUUGUCCGAGAAACAUCUUCGUCUGUCGAGAUCUGUACCCGACUGAUGUUGUGUCGUAA